AUGAAACUAAAAGUGUUCCUGUGGCAUAUAUGGUGUUCCCCUAUUUGGAUCCAUAUCGUUAGGUCCCAGACCACCCAAAAUCUGGGUCCCACUUCUAUGAGGAAGUUAAUUUUACAAAAUAGGUAUGUAGAACCAGAAAGUAGAUCGAACGAUAAUAAGAACGACGGGGAUGUGGACUCUUGGCGUCCAAUCACAUACUUACCCCAUGUUUUUACUGGAUUCGUGGUCUCAGACUCCGAGAAAGUUCCCCAAGGAUAUAUAUCCCAGGAUGGCAAUGACAUUGGUUAUAAGGUAAAGGACGACGACUGGAAGGAGUAUUUGGCUUCCCAGACGGGCCUGACGAUACUAGUCCUUCUACUGGUUCUUCUGUUUCUGCUGAUGCCCAUCUUUGGGCUAAUCUAUGCCCUCUGCUGUGCGCGCUGUAAGAACACCCAAAGGUCCAGUAAGGGCAUGCGCUACUGCUGUGGCAUUCUAUUGGCUCUUUUGGCAUUGUUGAUGCUUUUAUUUCUGAUUUUUGCCAUAUUGGCGGCCACUCAGCUGCAUAAAAACUUGAAGCACCUCAAAACGAUCGGUUGUCAUCCCAGUAACUCCAGCAAAUCGAACGAGGACUACAUAUACCAAAGAGCAUCCGAUCGUAUGCAUCAUCAGCAUAUCAUCAACUACGAUCAGAUAGUAAAAAGGAUCCAAAGUGCUCUCAACCGCGAACCCACUAUUAGCUAUCCCAAUAGGGAGCCGGAACUCCUUGCCAAAGCCAUCGAGAGGCUGAGUGUGGUGUUGCAGAAUCUGCGAAGGAUCACGCCAGUUGUGCAAAGGAUCAAGAAUGAGUUGCUUAAUGCCCGACGUUUGGCCACUCAGUUUCGAGAUGCAUUACGUGGAGUGAAACGGGAUCUCAUGGUGUUCCUAACAUCCCACUGCAAGCAAAGGGAGUGCCAAGAUUUCUACCGUGCGAAUGAGAUCAUGAUGCUCGACAUGGGCUGUUUGCAUUACGAUAGUCUACCAGACUUUGAUGCACUUCUUGCCUCUGUGCAGGAAGUAAUAGACAGCAAGUUUAUCAGCUAUCCAAUUCGAGCAGCUAAGCAGUUGCGACAGGUUUCCAGGGUGAUGAAAGAUCGCAUGAGUGGCGCAUUAGACUCCAUCAAGGAGGACCUCAACAAAGGAGCCAAGGAGCUGAACAAGAGGUACGACGCAUCCUUGAAAGUCUUGCAACGCGUGGUUGAGGAGAUGAAGAAGGAUAUGCCGGUGGUGGUCAAGUCAAAUGCUGGAUCUGGAUCUGGAUCUACUCCAGCCGCUGCCUUGCGUAGGAAGCUCGGAUCCUGGUGGUUCGGAUACACGUUGGUCUUCAUUGUGCUACUAAUGCUGGUGCCCCUUAUUCUGCUCAUUGGUCUUCUGAUUGCUUUGUCCAGUCCGAAAGUAGCCAGUUGGCUGCUCUGUGCCGUCCUGGUUGUUCUUUUCAUCCUGUUCUCCGUUGGCAUCAUCCUGCUGCUCUUCUAUUUGCUUCACGGGGCUUUGCUGUACCAUGCCUUUUGCUCUAGGAAAGCGCCACAGCCGGUAGAAAACAAAUCUAUUAAUCCCAACGAGUUUCUCCCAGAAAACGUAACCACCUUUCGAUCCAUGCCCAUGCUACGAACCUCGGAAAUUCUGCAGAGCUGUGUUCGCAACGAAAGCUUGUACAAUGUGCUGGGUCUCAAGGAGAUCUAUAAUCCGGAUGGUUUUCGCGAUGAUGUGAUGGAGGACGUUCUCAAGUCUCUUGAGAAAAUGGAGAACACUGCGUUGCCCGAUGGACUUAAAGAUAUUCAUCCCGAGGCAGAGGAAGCGGCCAAACAAUUAUUGAGCGGAAACCUAUCUACAUAUGACAUAAAGGACUACACAAGACACAUUUGCCGCCAACUGGUGCCAGAACCCAAGCCAGGUCCUUUGAACGGGUUGACCAGAAAACUGGAAAGCCUGGCGAGCAAAAUGAAGCCGGGAGUCGCCCUGAAAAACCAGGCGACUUAUCUGCGAGCCUAUCAAAAACACCUGGGUGCACCCUUGCAAACGAUUGUCCAGCGACUGAUAAAUAGGCUGAAGCAAAUGGAUCGCCUCUUGUCAGGUGGCUACGGUAGCUUUACCAGGUACCUCCAACAUCUGCUGGACAAGAUUAAGCUGGGCGACGACUUCUUGCGGCGAGAUAACAAAAAGUUAACCGACGGGGUGGCCCGUAAUAUCAGUAAAUUAGUGAAAUCGGGCCUGAAUGAUUACGUUCGAAUGGUCGACGGGCCCAGCAAAGUGAACAUGGAGAGCUGUGAGCCCCUCACCCGUGAGGAGGAUGCAGCCAUGGUUGAGUACGCCGACCUCUGCAAUCGGAUUGUGAAGCCAAUGAAUGCCUUAUGGUUUUGGCUUUUACUGUUUUCCUUGCUCCUCCUGCCCGCCAUCUGCUGCACCCACUUUUUGAGAUGUCGUCUGAAAUCUUUAAAGAAUUAUUCGGAUGCAUCAACAGGCACCUUUGGAGAAGGCAACUUUGUGCCCCCUGGUUUACUGCCCAUGGCUUUGCCACAAUGCCAAUGCUACAAAUACCUUCCCGUUUCAACGGAGUCAAAUGUUGACUAUCUGGAGGGCAGGGAAGACUACUACUAUAUAGAUCAAGCUAAGCACAAGAGGGAGUGACUUUCAUACUGUCGAAUUUGAAUUUUCAAUUGGGAAAUAUAUGUUUUAACACCACAUCCUAGA